GUUAUUUUACUAGUAUGUAUAUCCACGAUCUUAUUGCUUUCUACAUACCGUGUCUGUUACAAUAACAGAUAUUCGUUGCAUUCUUCUGUCAGAUAUGCGACGAAAUUCUUACAAUGAUCAUACCCUAACCUCAACUUUCAAUUGCUAUCAAAAUGCUGAUAUUUACAAAGUUUAUCGCAUUUACAGUUACUAGUUUAAUGGUAUUUCUGUUUUCUAAUUACCUUAGUUUCACAUAUUUCUUCGACAGUUAUACGCAUUGGUUUUAUAACAAAAUAAAUGAUUUUGAAAUAUAUGAUUAUAUCAUUGUUGGAGCUGGCAGUGCAGGUGCAACUUUGUCUGCAAGACUAGCAGAGAAUGGGUACAAAGUCUUAUUGCUUGAAGCUGGAGGAGCUGCACCACCAUUCAUAGAUAUUCCUUUAUUAGCUCCUCUAAUUCAGAAUACUCCAUAUGACUGGAAUUACAUGACCGUACCUCAAGAUAAUGCUUGCAAAAGCUUAAUGCAUAAUAGAAGUAAAUGGCCAAUGGGUAAACUUCUUGGUGGGACUAGUCAAUUAAAUUAUAUGCUUUAUGUACGAGGUCAUCCUUUAGAUUAUAAUGAGUGGUUUCCAGAUUUUAUUGGUAAUAUUCAGAAUUUGUUGUUGUCUUUUGCUCUCAUUGAUAAGCUGGAAAUAUUUGCAGAACCAACUACAGAAAAUGGUGGGCCAAUGCAUAUAAGUGACUUACAAUGGCAUACUGAUGUUGCUAAUGCGAUUUUAGAAGGAUUAAAAGAAUUGCAUCAAGAUAUUGGCAAUAUUAAUCAUGAUUUAAAAAAUGGUUUCAUGAAAGCACAAAUAUUCUCAAAAAAUGGGAAAAGAUGGAGUACAGAUAAAUUGUUAUAUAAAGAUUUUAAAGAUAAAUUGUUUAUUAGAACUCAUGCUUAUGUUGAAAAGGUGUUAAUGGAAUCAAAUAGAGCAGUUGGAGUACAAUAUACUACAUUAAAUAAGACAUUUAAAGCAAUUGCAAACCAUGGUGUUAUUCUUAGUGCUGGUGCAAUUGGUACUCCCAAAAUAUUAAUGUUAUCUGGUAUUGGACCAAAAGAUCAUUUAAAAGAUUUGAAAAUAAAUGUAAUUAAGGAUUUACCAGUUGGUCAGAAUUUAGUAGAUCAUAUACUUACUGGCAUUGAUUUAGUUAUGCUUAAUGAAAGCAUAAGUUUUAGUAUGUUUAAUGCUUUCAAUCCUGUAUCAGCAAUAAAUUAUUUUUUAUUUGGAAAAGGUCCUUGGACAUUUACAGGAGUUGAAGUUUUAGGAACAUUUCAUAGUUCUCUUAAAAAAAGUAAAUCAAGUGUACCAGAUUUACAGAUAAUGGUGAUGCCAAUUGGAUUAUCAAAGGAUAAUGGUAUUGUUUUAAGGAAAUCCAUGGGAAUUUCUGAUAAGACUUAUGAUGAAUAUUUUGCACCUAUUUCAUACAAGAAUAUGAUAACAAUUGCUCCCGUUUUAUUACACCCAAAAAGUAAAGGAGAAAUUAAAUUAAGUAGCAGCAAUCCUUUGGAUCCGCCUUUAAUUGAUCCAAAAUAUUUGUCAAACAAAGACGACAUUAAAGUUCUUACAGCUGGGCUGCAAUUUGUGAAAAAACUUGUUGGAACAAAUGCUAUGAAAAAUAUUGGUGCAUCUAUUUAUGAUAAACAUUUUCCUGGUUGUGAAAAUCAGACAUUUGAUAGUACAAAAUAUUGGGAAUGUUACAUACAACAUUUAACUUUAACUUCGUAUCAUCCUGCUGGAACAUGUCGUAUGGGUGAUGUUGUUGAUCAAACAUAUAGAGUUUAUGGUACAAAAAAUUUGUAUGUAGUCGAUGCAUCUAUACUUCCAGUUUUACCAAGUGGUAAUAUUAAUGCUGCAAUUAUAAUGCUUGCCGAAAAAGCCGCGCGUAUAAUUACAGAAAACACAAAAAUUGAUAUAGACAAGAAAUGUUAUAAGCCACAUAACUAUUACUACAUAAUUAAUAAUUAACAAAUUUGCCUUAUUAGACAUUCAUUUUUAAGUAAAUUAAAUUUAAUUUACUAUCA